CCCACGCUGUGCAACCCGGCCUGCACCCGCGCAUGUGGCCCAACCGAUUCCACUCUCAUUUGCGCCGCCGCUCUCACCUCUCUCCCCGUCGUGCCUUCCCCAACUACGCAGGUAGGUCCGGCGAACGGCGGUCCGGUGCUCAUCUUGGUCUUUGGAGGUUCUACUUGAAAAAGACAUGAUCUUUACCUUUCUAUCGGGAAGGUGAAGAGCAACAAGGCAUGGCUUUAAGGGCGAUCAUUAGGAGAAGAAAGCAUCUUUUGGAUCAAGUUAACUCACCUAUUCUCUCAUCUUCGUCCUCUACCUUCCAUCAUGGGACAUUUGGUUUCAAGGUGAAGCCAAGAAUAGCUCAAAGAUAUCCUGAGCAAAGCUUAGAGGACUCAAAAUCUGGGGAGGAUAAGGAGCAGUAUAGUGUGAAUUUGAGUAAGACGGAUCUGCUAGGUCUUGGUGAUGGGUUUUUGCGACGUCCAGCUCACGUGAUUUCCCUUUCUCAUUAUCGAACUGGAAGUGAUGUGUUGUCUCUGGGAGCUAGAGGCUUGUUGCAGUCAGUUCGCAGAGCAUCAACUGCAGCUGCUGGACAACCUAAGUUGGAUAUUGAAGAUCAGAAUGAGGUUCGGAACCAGAAUAAAAAGAAAAAAGAGGCAUCCCCAGAAGAAUGUGAUCAGGCUGUGGAAGGCCUAAGCACAGCAAAAGCUAAAGCCAAAUCCAAGCAGGUGCAAGAUUCUCUAAAGGUUGACCAAUCAAUCGUACAGAAAUUGUGCGCAAGGCUUCUGGGUAUUGGCCCUGCUCUCCGAGCUGUUGCUUCAAUGAGCAGAGCUGAUUGGGCUGUGAAAUUGAAGCAUUGGAAAGAUGAAUUUAUCUCCACACUGCAACAUUACUGGCUAGGAACAAAGCUACUCUGGGCAGAUGUUAGGAUUUCAUCAAGAUUGCUGGUGAAGCUUGCUGGUGGAAAGAGCCUGUCAAGAAGAGAGAGACAACAGCUCACCCGUACAACAGCAGAUAUCUUCAGGCUGGUACCUGUUGCUGUGUUUAUUGUUGUUCCAUUCAUGGAAUUCCUACUGCCGGUGUUUCUCAAGUUGUUUCCAAAUAUGCUGCCAUCAACUUUCCAAGACAAGAUGAAAGAAGAGGAAACUUUGAAAAGGAAACUGAAAGCAAGGAUGGAGUAUGCAAGGUUUUUGCAAGAUACUGCAAAAGAAAUGGCAAAGGAAGUUCAAACAUCACGUAGUGGAGAAACAAAACAGACAGCUGAAGAUCUGGACGAAUUUUUAAACAAGGUUAGGAAAGGUGAACGGGUAUCCAAUGAUGAAAUCUUAAGCUUUGCAAAGCUGUUUAAUGAUGAAUUGACUUUGGAUAACAUGAGCAGAGCACGAUUGGUAAAUAUGUGCAAAUAUAUGGGUAUUCGGCCUUUUGGUACAGACCAUUACUUGAGAUUCAUGCUUCGCAAAAAAUUACGAGACAUUAAGAAUGAUGAUAAAAUGAUUCAAGCCGAGGGUGUUGAGUCUCUUUCUGAAGACGAACUCCGCCAAGCCUGCCGCGAACGUGGUCAUCUUGGUCUGCGGUCAACAGAAGAAAUGCGACAACAGCUACGAGACUGGUUGGAUCUCUCACUUAAUCAUGCCGUCCCAUCUUCUCUUCUCAUACUUUCAAGAGCUUUUACCCUAUCUGGGAGAAUGAAACCUGAGGACGCUGUUGUAGCAACUUUGUCUUCUUUACCAGAUGAAGUUGUGGAUACAGUUGGGACAGUAUUGCCAUCAGAAGACCCAGUUUCUGAGAGGAGGAGAAAACUGGAAUUCCUUGAGAUGCAGGAAGAACUUAUCAAGGAGGAAGAAAAGAAGAAAGAGAAAGAAGAAAAGGCGAAACAAAAAAAGGAAGAGAAGGCGAGGCUCAAAGAACCAGAGGCUGCUGAAGAAGAUUUGGCUUUGAAAGAAAUGACUGAGGCUACUGCUAGGGAAGAAGAACUGAUAAAAGCAAAACAGCAUGACAAUGAAAAGUUCUGCAAUAUCAGUCGAGCAUUGGCUGUGUUAUCAUCUGCAUCAUCUGUUAGCAAGGAGCGUCAAGAGUUCCUGAGCCUUGUCAACAAGGAGAUAGAACUGUAUCACUCCAUGCUUGAAAAGGAAGGCACCGAGGGUAAAGAAGAAGCUAAGAAGGCAUAUAUGGCUGCUAGAGAGGAGUCAGAUGAUGCUUCUGAGGUUGCUACAGAAGAAAAGGUCUCGUCAGCACUGAUUGACAAGGUUGAUGCUAUGCUUCAAGAAUUAGAAAAGGAGAUCGAUGAUGUGGAUGCGAAAAUUGGGAACCGCUUGCAACUACUUGAUAGGGAUCAUGAUGGCAAAGUGACUCCUGAGGAAGUAGCGGCGGCGGCGGCUUAUCUCAAGGAUACCAUAGCGAAGGAAGGCGUCCAAGAGCUGGUCAACCAACUUUCUAAAGACAAAGAAGGAAAGAUCCGUGUGGAAGACAUCGUGAAGCUGGCGUCUCAAACAGAGGAAAACAAUGAAGAUGAUGAAGGAGCACGGCAUUAAUCUGCUUGUUGAGAUGGGCUACCCAUGUGCAUUUGAUUUCAGGAAAGAUCUUCAGCUGCUUCAUGGCAACGCUGUGUGUAUAUCUUAAAAGUCAGGACAGCCAUUUUUUGCGCCUCUCUGCACUGGCUACUUCUCAGAUGGAACAACCAGUGAAUCUGAAGGAAAACUAGUGGUGAUGAUAUAUACAUAUAUAGUUAGGUUUGGUGUUAUGGAUUGGCUGGUAAAGGGCAACCGAGAUUUCAACAGGUUGCUGUGAAAGCGGAAAUACAGUUCGGUUGGACUUUGGACUUGGGACGGUGUACCCAACAAUGGCAGAAUUUUAAUUUUGUUCCAAAUUCUGAGAUAGAUAUUGAAUGGAUUCGUGGUUAACACAUGGUGAAUGAGUACGUUUUAAGGGGGUUUGACACGUUUUAAAA